AUGAAUGUGGGGGAGCUGCUGGCAGUAAUUUUUGACCUUGUUGGCGCUCUGCCCAUCAAUACGGAUGAAGUGCAUGAACGGGAUAGGUUUAGUGAUUUCUUACUAACUAAACUGAGGGAUCUGAUGCAAAAACAUCCGUCUCUAAGACUUGUACUUUCUAGUGCAGCUUUGGAUGUUAAUCUCUUCAUCAGAUACUUCAUCGGCUGUCCUGUAAUUUACAUUCAGGGGAGACCGUUUGAAGUAAAAGAACUCUUUUUAGAGGACAUCUUGCGUACAACUGGAUAUACAAACAAAGAAAUGUUGAAGUAUAAAAAAGAGAAACAACGAGAGGAAAAGCAGCAAACAAACUUAAGUGAGUGGUAUAAAGCUAAGGAGACCAGCAGUGCCAGCAGAUCUGAAUAUCAAAGACAAAGAUUUAUCCCGAGCCUGACAGCAGAAAACGAUUUGCUCGAUGAUGGCGGAGACAGUGUUUUCAGUCAGUUGAAUGAAAAGGAUUUCAAUUCUCUUGAGCCUUGGCUUAUAAAAGAAAUGGAUGCCUGCCUAUCAGAUAUUUGGCUGCACAAAGAUGUUGAUGCUUUUGCUCAGCUCUUUCAUCUUAUUUUAAGUGAAAAUGUCAGUGUUGACUACAGGCACAGUGAAACCAGUGCUACUCCCUUAAUGAUAGCAGCAGGUCGGGGCUUCCUCAGUCAAGUGGAGCAGCUACUUAGCAUGGGAGCAAAUGUCAGUGUUAAGGCUUCAAAUGGCUGGAUAGCUUUGGACUGGGCUAAACGAUUUGGUCAAAGUGACGUUGUAGAUCUUCUAGAAUCUUUCAAUUCUUCGGUAGAUUUAGGAAAUUUGGAUGAAUGUGUCUUGGUCCAGUCAAACGAUGGUGAGUUAAGUCAAGAAGAUAAAGAAGUUCUGAGUGUCUACCACCACAGCUUUGAUGAUGAAAAGGUUGACCUGGAUCUAAUUAUGCACCUUCUUUAUAACAUUUUUCAGAGUUCCGAUGAUGGUAAGACAAUGGUUUGA